CUGUGAAGGGUGAGAUAAAAUUACACUUCUUUAGUGCAUUUUUCUACAGAUAGUUGCAUCCCGUCGUGGGCACAUGAGAUGAUGGCCAAGAACUUCUUCUUCGUAGAAACCAAGUCAUUACCUCAGCAGAAGUUGUACGAUGAAGGACGAAUCGUAUUCCCAGCCGUAUUAUCAUCACCCAAUUCGAACAUCACUGUAAACCCAUCUGACUUAAUCGAGGCCAUCAAGGAUCAGAAGUCAUGGAUCGACUCAGUUCUCCAUCAAAGUGGGGCAAUCAUGUUCAGGGGAUUCAACUUGACUACUGCCUCCCACUUCAACGACGUUGUUGAGGCUUUUGGAUUCGAUGAGUUGCCUUAUGUCGGCGGCGCCGCCCCUAGAACGAACGUUGUCGGUCGGGUCUUCACUGCCAACGAAUCCCCGCCAGAUCAGAAGAUCCCCUUUCACCAUGAGAUGGCCCAGGUUCCUGAGUUCCCAUCAAAACUGUUCUUCUUCUGUGAAGUAGAACCAUGCAGUGGAGGGGAAACUCCAAUUGUUCUUAGCCAUAUCGUUUACCAGAAGAUGAAAGAAAGGCAUCCUGAUUUUGUGCAGGAAUUGGAAGAGAAGGGAUUGAUCUAUACACGGGUUCUUGGAGAAGAUGAUGAUCCUUCUUCCCCAAUUGGAAGAGGAUGGAAAUCAACAUUUUUAACCCAAGACAAGACUGUAGCAGAUCAAAGGGCUGCAAAGUUGGGGAUGAAGUUGGAAUGGCAAGAAGAUGGAACAGUGAAGUCAAUAAUGGGACCAAUUCCCGCAAUUAAGGUAGACAACAGUAGAACAAGGGAUAGAAAGAUUUGGUUCAACAGCAUGGUAGCUGCUUAUACAGGAUGGAAAGAUGACAGGAACGACCCUGUCAAGGCGGUGACAUUCGGUGAUGGGACGCCUCUCCCAGCCGACACUAUCCACGACUGCUUGAGAAUACUGGAGGAGGAAUCUGUUGCCAUUCCCUGGAAAAACGGCGAUGUUCUGCUUCUUGACAACUUGGCUGUCCUCCAUUCCCGACGUUCAUUCCAACCACCCCGUCGUAUUCUUGCCUCGCUAUGCAAGUGAAAAAUCUGGAAUCCUUCUUUUUUUGCUGAAUAAAUAAUUACAAGAUGUUUCUUUCUUCAUUAGUGUGUGACAUGAAUGAAAAAAACAGAUGAAAAUGCAUAUGAAUAAAUGAAUUUGAAUAUGAGAAUUUAAAGGAUUCCAUUAUUAUAUGAAGAAUUAAAAUAUAAAUAUUUAGAAGA